AUGGCGGAUCCAUUAUCCAUUACUGCUAGUAUUAUCACGCUUCUACACGUCUCUGUUCAAGUGACGGUGCUGAUCAAACAGUUUCGCGAUGAGGUUGUGGUCGUGGAUGCGACGCUUACGGGCCUUCUCGACGAUGUGAACGGGUUCCAACGCGUACUGGAAUCCAUGAAAGAGACAAUCGAGGAAAACAACAACAAAGAAACUCUACAAGCGACCGGCCAUGUGGGUAGUCACUGGAAGAAUCUCGCGCGCUCGCUAGAAGACGGUGCGGACGCUUUACAAAAGUUACAUACCACCUUAGACGGGGUCAACAAAAAGUCAUCGAUAUUGGAUGCACCACGAAAGCAGCUUAGGCUAAAGAGUGCCUCUGAGCAGAUUUCUCGAUAUCGAGAACAGAUUCAAACAUCUCACACAACGAUUCAACUAUCGCUCAGUACAAUUAUUCUCUGGAAUCAAGUGACUUUCCAAAGAUCGACCGAGAUGAUACCAGACAAGGUUGUUCCAACACUGGAUAAACUGUACGAUGAAUUUCGUACGUUUGGUGCUCUUCUCAAUACAAAGAUCGAAAAGCUUCAGCAUACAGUUACAGACCAAAAUGACCCAGACAACUACGAGCUUAUGUAUAUGAACAACUUGCGGGAGUGCGUUCGCUCAGCCGCUGAUGUCGUCUCAACUGCAUCGACAACGCUCAACGCAGAAACAAGUGACAAGAUUUCCGUCAAACAUGGCUCUGAUUUCGGGGACGUCUUUGUCAAAGAUGCGAAUGAACCCAUGUUACGUUGGUUCGCCUCAAACACCGUGUAUGAAUUCGAAGAUGUGGAGGCACCUCUACCCGCUCCAUCAGAAGCUAGCACAGGAGAUGCGCAAACAGAGUAUCAGUCAGAUAGCGACUCAGAUAUAGAGAAUGACCUGAUCAGGUCUCUUUUCAACGAGGGUAGAAAAAGGAAGGACAUUGGUGAUCUAGAAAGUGCGGUUCGCUAUUUUCGAAACUGCCUCACGAGGCUGUCGUCGAACACUAGCUACACAUCUCUGACCUCAGCAAGAAGUGCAGCAGCAUGCGGGGUGUCGAAAACCGACUUACUCGAAUGUCUCUUCGAUUGCUACUGUCUUCUGGAAGCGUGGAGCAAAGCGAAAGCAAUCAUGAAAGAUAAGCUACUCAUCACUGAACGCCAAUUAGGCAAGAAAGAUGAGCUCUAUCUACGAGAUACUCUGAGGCUAGCCGAGCUCAUGGUGAAGAACGGCGAAUACGUCGAGGCGCACCUCCAGGCACGGCGAUCACUGGGAGGAUUCAGGAAACUGGGAAAACAGGGAGGUAGUGGUUACGAAGAAUGCUUGGACUUUUUGAUUCGAAUCUGUAGCACUGAGGGAAAAGUGGAUGAGGAAGAGGCUUACACAGCUUUGUUGGCAAGCCACGAGAGGAAGACCAAGCGAUCAGCUCCAUCGCCCGAGGUUAUAUCGCUGUCGCACGUUAGCCCAAAGUUUCAGUCAGCUUCCGACCCGGUCUUAGAGGAUGUCGCUCAAGCAGAUUUCGAAGUUUCAGAGCAAGUGAAGGAGACGCUGGAUCAUGUGCAUGUCUUGGAGAGUAAUGGGGUGCCACUGAUAGACACAGAGGAUUCGAGUGUGCUUUCACCUGGUGAACUCCAAGUUCAGGAUCAGACCGUGCUGCAAGAGGACCCAGAGCCUGUUACCGAAAGAGACAAGAUUACAUCAGAACAACAGCCCUCGUGUAUCUCCAGACCUUACUCACCUACGGAGGAUCUAAGCGUUCGUCUGGAUUACGAGACGAAAUCCCUGUCUAGUCACAGUGUUACAUCGUCGGAACAGCACGCUAUGACUUUGGCGUCACAAGAGCAAUUACCAACUAUGCUGACCCCAGUGGACUUUGGAGAUAUUUCACAUCUUGAGGGUUACGGGGCUCAAAUCGCAGCUGCUGAGUUCAUUUGUAUGCUAUACCGAGCUGCAGCAAACGAAGUGACAGAGAAAGAGUCGAGGAACUCAAGAAAGGAUGCUGAGUUCCUAAAAGCAUGGUGUAAUCUGUUCCACGGCCGAGAUCCUUACUACUUCUCUGAAUGGCAUGUUGAGGGUUAUUACUGCAUGAUCAAGAUCAAUGAUACGCACGGCUGUACGGUUUCGGGCCACGAGACCGAACAAAAGGCAAAAGACGCUGCUGCCGCUAAAGUGUGUGAGAUGUAUAUCUCUCACGCCGACGAAGUACUUACGCUGGACAAAAUGACGCGACGCGAUCCUGGCUCUGACAAAGAAGUUUUUAUCCCGCAAAAUGACCACGACAUUGAAAUACUUAUGGGAUGGGGAGAGGAAACGGAUGCAUCAUUCUAUUCCCCGGUUACAGAUACGAACAUACCUCAUAUUACCAUAUCAGCAGAAACAGACGAACUUCCUACUGGUAAUGGCGAGGCGGCGACACCUACCUCCGAGGAGUCAAUAAAUCCGUCGAAGGUGCAGCACAAUGCAUCUGAUUCCAAAAUAUCUUCCAACCAAGUGGCAGGACAAGGGUUUGUCGAGAAGUUUCUAACAAGGUCGUACGCCGCAUUAAGAGGCACGAGAGCACAUCACAGCGCUGUCGCAAGCGUCUCGACGAUUCCAUCAAACGAUAAGGAACCCCAAUGGACUCCUGGUGAUACUCAUCUCUCGACUUCUGCAGAGGUAUGUUUAUAUUGCGAUAAGGAUCUAUCUGAACUCCCCUUUCCUUCGCAACGUAGACACAGAGACGGUGCAUGUACACUGCAUACCUCGAGGAGAAGUGUCUCGAACCCCAUGAAUGUCAGUUCUUCUUCAGACUUAUCUAGAGACGAUACCUCAACCCGUCUCAUCAGUAACAUCGACGCGACCACUUUUCCAUCUCAAUCCUCACAGUUCCAAUACGUCGGGCAGGAGACGAUUACAACAGUGUCUCCUUCGGCAGUUCAGCCUUCCUCCUUGGGCAACUCUACCGCACCGGAAGGCACAUGGGCGUGUAAUGAAUGCAAAUCAGACCUUCUUCAGUACAUGAGUGAAGGUCGGUGUCGCUCAUGUUUUGCCAACAGAAACGAUUAUUCUCCCAGCUCGACCAACGAUUUUGCGCGUCUACCAUAUGAUCGCCACCAGACACCGUUGAAUUUCCUGAACUUGAACGCACCAAAAGGUGCAAUAACACGACGGAAGGUGAUACUACUAGGAGAUACAUUAUGUGGUAAAACAUUCCUCGCAAGUGCAUGGAGUCAAGGGGAUGUUCCAGAAGAAGACACACCUGUGAUGAACCACUUCAUCAGAUCGACAAAGAUUAGGGAUCGUCAAAUCGAGCUUGUCAUCUGGGAUAACACCGGUAGAGAGGGUUACGAGAUGAUGCGCCGCCUUUCAUACGAGGAUGCGCACAUAGUAUUGAUUUGCUUCGACAUCAGUGAUCCAGAUUCGUUUGAAAACAUUGACUAUAUGUGGAGCGUUGAAGCGAACGAAUACCUCCGCGAUCUACCCAAGAUACUCGUUGGGUGCAAGAAAGAUCUCCGGAAUGACAACGCGAAGCUCGACAGCCUACGCCGUCAGCACUUCAUACCGAUAUCUCCAUAUGCUGCUGACCGGCUUGCAAUAAAAAUACAAGCCCUAGCGUACUUUGAAACAUCGGCCAUCAAGAAGCAAGGUCUCUCAGAGCUCUUCGACUACGUAGCUGAGGCUGCCUUGAGAACGGUUCCAAAGUCCAAGACAAGUGGUAUAAGAAAGGCUCUCUCGAGGGGAAUAUAG